ACAGAGGUUGUGUUCGGCUUGUGUUAGUACAGUACUGCACUGGUAAAUCCCGUGACACACUUUAUAACAAAGAACAUACGUUUAAAAACUAUUGUGUCUUCUUAUCAGCUGGCAUCGUUCUAAGAUAAAACACUGUUAUGCCAACGAAUGUAUAGAUAAUCGUAAGAUGAUGUGGAUACACAGCAACUGCAAUUGAAGGAAUGUUUUUACCUUUAAAGCAACGACAAUUAAAGUAAACAGGCUGAACCAGUAGAAAAUAUGACUGGGAUGACUCAAGAAGAGAUUAUAAGCAACACCAAGACAGUACUGCAAGGGCUUGAAGCUUUAAAGAAUGAACAUAAUUCCAUCUAUAGUGGCCUUUUGUUAUCACUCAAAGCUGUUCAGCAAGAAAAAGGAGAUGGUCAUCUUGUGGAAGAAAAGGCCUCCAUUAUUAAAAAAAAUUUGGAAUCAAUAGAGCUGGGCCUUGGAGAAGCACAGGUGGUGUUGGCUCUUGCUGGACAUUUACAAACGGUGGAAGCUGAGAAACAGAAACUACGAGCCCAAGUGAAACGUCUAUGUCAGGAGAAUGCCUGGUUGCGAGAUGAACUUGCUAACACCCAGCAGAAGUUGCAAGCAUCGGAGCAGUCAGUAGCUCAGCUGGAGGAAGAGAAAAAACACUUAGAAUUCAUGAGCUCACUCAAAAAAUAUGAGAGUAAUGAAGUAGGAAUGGAAGACUCAGCUGGAGAGAAAAAAUCUGAGACAGGUGAAUCCACAUUAGAUCUUGGUUUUCCUGAUGAUGAUGAUGAUGAUGGAUCUCAGCAUGAAGUUUUAUCACCUACUCCACCAGGACAAAUGGCAGCUGCUGCAAAUGCAGGUUAUGAAAUUCCUGCAAGACUGCGUACCUUACAUAACCUUGUGAUCCAGUAUGCUUCUCAAGGUCGUUAUGAAGUGGCUGUUCCCCUUUGUAAACAAGCAUUAGAGGACCUGGAAAAAACAAGUGGGCAUGACCAUCCUGAUGUAGCUACAAUGCUCAAUAUUUUAGCUCUUGUCUAUAGGGAUCAGAACAAGUACAAAGAGGCAGCAAAUCUAUUAAAUGAUGCUCUGGCCAUCAGAGAGAAAACGCUGGGAGAGAAUCAUCCUGCAGUGGCAGCAACACUCAAUAACCUAGCUGUAUUAUAUGGAAAGCGAGGAAAAUACAAAGAUGCUGAACCUCUGUGUAAAAGAGCAUUACAAAUAAGAGAAAGGGUUUUAGGGAAGGAUCAUCCUGAUGUAGCAAAGCAGUUAAACAAUUUGGCUCUCCUUUGUCAGAACCAAGGAAAGUAUGAUGAAGUGGAGAGAUAUUAUCAACGAGCUUUGUCAAUUUAUGAACUCACUCUUGGUUCUGAUGAUCCAAAUGUAGCGAAGACAAAGAAUAAUCUCGCUUCAGCCUACUUAAAGGAAGGCAAAUACAAGGAAGCAGAGAUACUUUAUAAACAAGUACUAACAAGAGCACAUGAAAAAGAGUUUGGAAGCAUCGGUGGAGAGAACAAGCCAAUAUGGCAAGUAGCAGAAGAAAGAGAGGAGAAUAAAAGCAAAUUAAAAGAAAAUUUUCCAUAUCAGGAAUAUGGUGGUUGGCAUAAAGCAGCAAAAGUUAACAGUCCAAAUGUUGCAAACACCUUAAAAAGCCUGGGAGCUCUAUACAGGAGGCAAGGGAUGCAUGAAGCAGCUGAAACAUUAGAAGAUUGUGCUCUAAGAGCAAGAAAAGAGGCUUUAGACACAGGAAGAAUAGGGAAAGGGGUACAUCAUUUAGGCACUGAAUUCAGUGGAGUUUCUAAGGAACGAAGACGAUCAUCCUCUAAAAAUAACAGUCGUCAAGGGUCCCGGGAGUCACUUGACAGCGUAACUUGUGAAAGGAGUGAUGUAGGUGACGAAAAUGUGAACAGCAAGCUGAAACGUAGCAGUUCCUUUAGCAAGUUACGGGCCUCCAUUCGUCACAGCAGUGCCAAGCUUGUCCAGAAGCUGAGGGAAAGAGGCAAAUCUGAAUUUUUGUAUCAGAGUACCAACGACAACUGCUCCAAAAGAAUGAAGAAAGCCAGCUCAAUGUCAGCAUUACGUUUUGAAGAGCAGGCUCAAAGUAACUUGGUGUUUAUGAGGCCCAACACAACAAGCUCAGACCAACUUCGAAUGGAAAGACAUACCUAAAAUCCAUCCUGCUAAAGAUCUAAAUCUAUCCAUGCAUCUCAUCUUAGGUUUGGUGUAAUUCUUCAUGGUGGAACACUGAUUUCAAGUUUCUAGUCCUCGUCUCUGGUCUGUGCUUUGGUUUAUUUUUGUUUAAGUGUUGGAUUGUCAUAGAGACCAUGUUGUAGCUUCUAAAGUGGUUGUAUGAAUGUGGUUUAAUUUUAAUUUAUUCCUAAGAUAUUAUAAGGAACAUUCCAUUUCAAUUUCUAACUUUUGCACCAUUGUUUUAGCCUUACUAAGUCAGACUUUUUUUUCCAUGUUUCAUGAGUGCUAUUAUACUUAUAAGUAUGUGAAAUAGUUUUCAAAUUUUCUUAAAACACAGAAGAUUACCAUGUACUAUGCAAAGCCAGAACGUGUGUACUAACAAGUACAUUUUUGUCCCAUUAUAUCUGAUUAAUUAGAAAUCCAACAAACCUUAUGGAGCCUUUUUUUUCUUGCCCUUAUAGAUCUAUUACCAUUAGUGAUAACCUGUAAGAUGUUGUAUGUUUUCCAAUGUACUUACUUUCACCUCGGUCACUAUUACAUAUUUGAAACACCUUUUAAAUAAUCUAGUAUCUUUAGUUAUCAUCUGGUAGACUUGUUUUAUUUUAUCAUUUUAUUAACUGACAGGAGGACAUUACAGACAUAUUGUUGCUUAAAAUUAUAUUGAACUUGUGGGAUUUGCAUGUUAAAUAUUAAUUAGCUCCAAAGGGAUUUUGUUGAUACUGAUAAUCUGAACCACUGUACUGAGGGAUGCUCCAGGUCUUGUGCUGCUUUUGGAACUGUCCCCUUUUGUAAUAAGUAUGCUUCUGUAAAGGAUGGUGAGCAUAUUAUUUACAAAUUUUCCACACACACAUUUAGUUGAUGUUGAUUUCCAAGAUUACACAAGUUAACUUAAGUGCAGUGGGGCUUGAUGGGUAUGUGAUUGAAUUGUUGUAAUUUUUAGUUUUUGAGGUGGGGACUUAUAAGCCUUAUUUAACAUUACAUCCUUCAUUACUAUAGUUACAAAGGUAUCAUGAGAUAGGCUCAUUUUGAUUGUAACAAAAUUUAUGGAGGGGGUUGAAGGGUUCUUAUUGGUAACAAAUCUUUCACUUUGUGGAUAAGUGCUAUUACAGAUCAACCUUGUAGCCUACUGCUGUGCAAUUGAGAUCCAGUAGAGAAUAGUGAAGUCUCCCUUCUUCAAAAAAAUAUGUCCUUUAACUUUACAUCUCCUGGAGGAACUUUUACUUGUGGCAAUAUCUAUGGUAGCACUGCAUCUCUAAUGUUUGGAAAUUAACUAUGAACUAAAUGCACAGGUUCUAAGACUCAUGUUGGUGUACCACUAUUUUGCCAGAUUCUUCAUAUAAUGUGUAUCUUAACACUAUGUAUUGAACCUAGGAGCUCAUUGUAGUGUAAAAGUCAGCAGCUUUGGUGAGUGCUUGUAAAAUCAAAAUGCUAUUGGGUUUUAAGUUCUAUUCUGAGGGUCUGUAUUUGAAAAUCUGUACAAAUGCAGGUAAGGGUAUUUGAAUUAUACAAUCAAUCUGUUAAGAUGAUUAUUUAAAAAAAAAUAUAUAUAUAUACACAUAUAUGAAACUGUCAUAUCAAUUUUUACUUAUAAUUAGUGCAGAAUUUAUUUUGUCUUUGGUGGAUGGAAAACAUUGAAUUCCAAAGAUUAAAGUUUGUGGUUUAUAUUUAUGAAAAUGUAUCAAGUGUGAUCAUUGUUUAACAUAAUGCCAUAUCUUUUCACAGUUAAGCUUGUGACAAGAACAAUUAUCAGCAUAUUAAUCAUACUGACAUGAUUUUAUAUGGUGAUUACGAUAAUCUAUAGAAUAAGCACUUGAAGUGCCAUCUUAAUUUGGCUUAGAACUGCACCAAUAACCUCUUCCCAAG